AAGUUUAUAAGUUAAAACCCCUUGUUAAACACACUUCAUUUGGACGGAAAAACCCCUCCAUCUCCGCCGGCAACCACACCAGCCUUCAACUCAUUUUUACACAAUUCUUGAGAGCAGUUGAGUUGAAGAAGCAUAAAAAAUGGACAAACUCUCAAAUCCUUUCUCAUUGUUAGCGCUUGAAGACGACGAUGAUCCUUCCAACUUGUCUUCAACUAGCGCCACUUCUAACACUAGAAAGAAGGGUAGAAAAGGUGUAAUCUCAAGUGACAAGCUGUCUGUGGAUAAUGGAAAUAACAAAGAACAGAAGUUAGGUUUAACAGUGAAGGAGUGCAAAUCACCCCUAGUCUGGAUUGAUCUAGAAAUGACUGGCUUAAACAUUGAAGUUGAUCGAAUAUUAGAGAUAGCUUGUAUCAUAACAGAUGGCAGUUUGUCUAAAUCUGUAGAGGGCCCGGAUUUUGUCAUCCAUCAGUCACAGGAAUGUUUGGACAAGAUGAACGAAUGGUGUCAAAUUAACCAUGGAGCUAGUGGGUUGACAAAGAAGGCUCUCCAUAGUAAAGUCGAUGAACGUGAAGCUGAGAAGCAGGUUAUAGAGUUUGUCAGAAGACAUGUUGGUGAUAAUCACACGCCCCUUCUUGCAGGAAACUCAGUUUAUACAGAUUAUAUAUUUCUUAAGAAAUAUAUGCCAGAUUUGGCGCGCAUUUUUCCUCAUGUUCUUGUAGAUGUUAGCAGUGUGAAGGCCUUGUGUGACCGAUGGUAUCCAAAAGUUUCCAGAAAGGCUCCUGCUAAGAAGUCGAAACAUAGGGCCCUGGAAGAUAUCAGAGAGAGCAUACGUGAACUCAAAUACUACAAAGACAACAUAUUUAUAUAAUUCAGUGAUUGAUGCAUGCAGUUUUCUGAACCAUGUCUCUGUGCAUAUAGAUUAAACAUUAUAGACUCUGUUUCACACAGUUGUGAAGAGUUCAGCAAUGUGGAUUUCGAUCCUGACUGUUAUUCCUUCAGCUCUAAGGAAAUCAUAUAUUCAUAUGAACACGUAUUCCGAGAUUAUUUCUGCGUAAUGCUUGAAGAUUACUGUGAGGACUGAGAGUUUAGGAUGAUUGCUGCUUAAUAUUGAUUCGUUGUGGUGGAUAUGGUUGUAUGUUGUGUUAUUAUAAAUGGGUGGAACUGAGGCUUAGCUGAAUGAUCUAAGGGUAAAAUUUUUACUUCAUUUUAGAAAAAAUGUAUUUUUAGCUUUUUGCCUAAAAAUAUUUCCAUGAAUUGUGUCUACCGAAACAUUCCUUGUUGCAACGAUAAGUCACUCUUCAUCAAGACUGGGCACCAUCAAUUGUUAAUAUUUCUUGUGUCUUGUAUGUCUCUCUUUUGCUAAUUGAUGGUUAGUUUACGUCAACAACUGAACUUCUAGAUUAAGAUUUUAAGAAUAUAUACGUCUUAUUAAUUUGUUUUGAUGUA